AUGACAAACCACUACGAGACGAAGGAGCCGUACGCCGAAAUCCACCAGCCGCCCCAGCCGCCCGGCGACCAGGCCAGCUUCAUGUAUCCCGGCCAGGUACAGCUCGGGGCGCUGAGCCUUGAGGAACCGUCGAUUAGCCCCGAAGCCGAGCAGCAGGACAUGGGCGGCCAAGAUGUGAAACUGUUCGCCGCGGCGGGCAACGACCUGUCCCACGAUGUGCAGCCGCCGGAGAUUGUGGAUGACGCGGUGCGUACCUGGGGGAUGGGAUACG